AUCUUCUCAGAAGCUGAUAGGCUGAGAUAUAGAGGCCCCUCCCUCUGGUCCUCCCUGGCUUGGUGAUAGGUUAACUGUAGAGGCCCCUCCCUCUGGUCCUCCCUGUCUGUCUCCUUAUAGGUGGGUCCUGCAGCCUCUCCUCUCCUCACACUCCAACCCUGCUCAUCUCUCAGCUGGACAGUAAGGGCCAUUCACACCACACACUGACAACAUGCUGGGGACACUCUGCACUCUCAUCACUGCUCUAACAUGUGUCAGUGGUGUGACUGUGGUGACACAGAAGCCUCCUGUUGUGACAGUGAGGAAAGGAGAGACGGCCACUAUGGACUGUAACCUGGGGACUGUUGAUAAUAGUGCUCAUUGGUAUAAACAGGUUCCAGGAGGAGUUCCUCAGUAUGUUUUACAGUGGUACUACUAUAAUUGGACCUCUGUAAUAUAUGGUUCUGGUUUCUCCUCUCCUAAAUUCACAUCUAAUCAUCAGUCUAUAUCAGAUUAUAGUUUGAUUAUUAAUAAUACGGAGGAGGAAGACUCAGCAGUGUAUUACUGUAAGACAAAUGACUACUCUGUUAACGAGUGGGUAUUCGGACCAGGAUCCAAGCUCAUUGUCACUGAUGGAGAUCUGGCUACACCUGCUGUGACCCUGUUCCCUCCAUCCACUGAAGACCUCAAGUCCAGCAGAGCAACACUGGUGUGUCUGGCUAGUAACCUGUCUCAGAGGUCCAAGGGGUUAGCAGAUGUCAGCUGGAUGUCUAGCGGUGAAUCAGUGACAGAAGAUGUUUCUACCAGCCCUGCUGAGCAGCAACCAGACAAAACCUUCAAGAUCAGCAGCUAUCUGACCAUUCAGACCGCAGAGUGGGACAAGGAUGUGGUGUUCACAUGUAAAGUGUCGUUGGGUUAAAGAUAAAAUGUUGUUGGGUUCAGAUUAAAUCUCUUGAGAUGCCCCAUCUCAUCCAAA